AUGGCUCCGACCAAAGACUUUGAAGGCGACGAAUUCUCAAAUAAUUUAUUUAGCGAUCUUGCACCUCUUCUCACGUUAUUUGGGGAGCAGGUAACCAAGCAAUUCGUCAGCAUGAGCAUGGGAUGGACCGAUGAUGUUCUUCUAGCUAUGGGACCGCUUGGAAUUAUUACCAUCAUUGUCAGCGCUGUACGCGUUGGCGGAGGACGGAAGCUCAAAGCCCUUAUCGGGCGAGCACGAGAAAGCCAGUCCACCGCAGAACAAGAACUGCUCUCAUCUACCUCCACAAGCUAA